GACGGAGAGGAAAUUCGCCCGCUGUCGCGAUGGUUCAGCUCCUUCACCAAAGAUGAUACAGGACUGCGUGCCAUGCCGCGUCUAUCGUUGCUGUUUCGACUGCCGUCCAAGCUCCGUCGCCGGGCCCGACGCUCCAGGAUGCUGACGCUGUUGCUACUGAUGCUUCUGGUCUUCCUCGUGAUCUAUCCGUUCUAUGCCAUCUACAAGCCUCCAAAACUGCUGAUCAGCUACUUCCGACGACGGUGGCCGGACGUGCUUUGGGAAAUCGACGUACCUCGGGGGCGCAAAGUGAUUGCGCUGACCAUUGACGACGCGCCGAGCGAGCACACGAACGCGAUCCUGAAGGUGCUCGAGGAGAACGACGCGCGUGCCACCUUCUUCGUCAUCGGCGGCCAGGUCGACGGGCGCGAGGACGUCCUGGCCAAGAUGGCGUCCCGCGGCAUGGAGCUGGCCAACCACGCGAUGCACGACCGACCCGCGCGCGAGCUGCCCGUCGAGCAGCUGCAGAGGGAGAUCCUGCAGGUCGAGUCCAAGAUCAACCUGGCCUACUCGACGGCGGGGAUCCCGCGCGCGACGAACCAGCGCUUCUACCGGCCCGGCUCGGGCCUGUUCAACGACGCGAUGCGCGCUCUGAUGAAGAAGCUGGGCUAUCGCCUCGCGCUGGGCAGCGUCUACCCGCACGAUCCCCAGGUGCCCUAUCCGUGGCUCAACGCAAGACACAUCCUCAGCAUGGUGCGUCCGGGUGCGGUGGUCAUCUGCCACGACCGCAGGCCGUGGACGGUGCCCAUGCUGAAGAAGGUCCUGCCGAAGCUCAAGAGGGACGGCUGGGAGGUCGUCACGCUGGGCGAGCUUCUAGAGAUUGGGAAGAAGGCCUCCCGCUGAUCCUGCUUUCGCGGGCUGACCUCUCCAGCUCGACGUCGGGCCCCAUUCUCUUUUCAAGCGUUCUGGCCAGGCAAGCCCUUCACAGACGGGCACGCGGCGGACCUGUGCAUCUGACACCGUUCGACGGUGCUCGAACCAACGACCCGUUUGCCCGUCCGCUCUAGCAUCUUUUUGCCAAAGGCUCCGCAACAGCGCAUGUAUCGCGGGUGCAGAAGACCGCCUCCCUUGGGAAUGACGAACCAAUUUCUUUUAAUGACUGGAAGGGCCCCAGCCUGCCGUUGACCUGCUCGUUUGCCUGCUCCAAACAAACGCGUACGCCAUAUCACAACCUCGUCUUCGUCUCAAACGGCCGUUUCCUCCUCUUGUACGCGCGAUGCCCGCCCUCCCUGCUCUUCUUUUCAGCACUUGGGAAAAGAAAAAUCUAAAAGAAAGAAAGGAAAUAAAAACAAAAAAAAUUUUUUUUGACACGCAGAGAUCCGCUUUUGGGAAAGGGUUUCCGUCUGUCAUCCGGCACGCACACGACCUCAGCCUUCUUAUCUCCUUCGAUUCAACAGCGGCUUGACCAACCCCGUUGAGACGCUCAUCCUCUUCCCCCCUCUCUCACUUACACUCACACCCCCGCUUAUCACGCUCGCGCUCAUACCCUCAUCAGAUACUCCCCCACCCUCCCCCCGAAGGAUUUAGGCGGCUUUCGCAAGAUCUUCUGAUCCGUCCCCCGCGUCAUGCCGAUUCCCUGCUGGCCCGGAACCUGGACGCCGUCCAUGCUUGCUCGAAUCAAAUUCUUAAAGGCGCAGGGCUUCGACGUCUACUUCAUCACGAGGUACUUGGCAGCUGAAUUCGGGGGACCAAAGGACUUUGAUGUGGUGCUCCGAAAGAUGCAGGAGAACUACUUUAUGGAGACGAUGGGCGUUAAGCUAGGUGAAAUGUAAACGUUGGGCCGCACAAAACCUUGGUUCGGGCUUGUUGUAAUCAUUUUGGAGAAUGUGAUCGAAUGCAGAUUAAAGGAUGGUAUCGACUAUUCUACAAGACUACAAAAGGUAUAGACAAGCGCUAGGUGACAAUGGCGCACAUUAAUUCG